CAAGCAGCAGUGGAGGCUCAGGUCAGUCAGUACAGUCAGCAGUCAUCCACGCACCUAUCUAUAUUCCCCCUUUUCUUAAAUUAGCCACUUUAAGCUUCGCGAUACCGCCCCCAAUUUCAGCCUCGGUACGGAGCCGCCAGGCCGGGACAGAGACGGAGAGAGAGGCCUCGGCCAUGGAAGCGCUCGGACCCGGCCCGCCCGCACCAACCUCUCUGUUUCAGCCUCCACGGCGUCCCGGCCUUGGCACGGUGGGGAAACCCAUCCGGCUCCUUGCCAACCACUUCCAGGUUCAGAUUCCCAAGAUUGAUGUCUAUCACUAUGAUAUCGACAUCAAGCCUGAGAAACGGCCUCGGAGGGUCAACAGGGAGGUGGUGGACACCAUGGUGCGGCACUUCAAGAUGCAGAUCUUUGGAGACCGGCAGCCUGGCUACGACGGGAAGAGGAACAUGUACACAGCACAUCCACUGCCAAUCGGGAGGGACAGGGUGGACCUGGAGGUGACUCUGCCCGGCGAGGGGAAAGAUCAGACGUUUAAGGUGUCCUUGCAGUGGGUGUCUGUGGUCAGUCUUCAGAUGCUGCUGGAGGCUCUGUCAGGCCACCUGAACGAGGUCCCCGAGGACUCGGUUCAGGCUCUGGAUGUCAUAACGCGGCACCUGCCCUCCAUGAGGUAUACUCCUGUGGGGCGUUCAUUUUUCUCCCCCCCAGAAGGCUACUACCAUCCUCUGGGUGGAGGCAGGGAGGUGUGGUUUGGUUUCCAUCAGUCUGUCCGUCCUGCCAUGUGGAACAUGAUGCUCAACAUCGAUGUGUCAGCCACAGCCUUCUACCGUGCUCAGCCUGUGAUCGAGUUCAUGUGCGAGGUGCUGGACAUACAGAACAUCAACGAACAGACCAAACCACUGACCGACUCGCAGCGUGUCAAAUUCACAAAGGAAAUAAGAGGCUUGAAAGUUGAGGUCACACACUGUGGUCAAAUGAAGAGGAAGUACCGUGUGUGCAACGUAACGCGCCGACCUGCCAGCCACCAAACGUUCCCCUUACAGCUAGAGAACGGCCAAGCCAUGGAGUGCACAGUUGCUCAGUAUUUCAAGCAGAAGUACAAUCUGCAGCUCAAGUAUCCACAUUUACCGUGCCUGCAAGUAGGGCAGGAACAGAAGCACACCUACCUUCCCCUGGAGGUCUGUAACAUAGUUGCAGGCCAGCGCUGUAUCAAGAAGCUGACGGACAACCAGACAUCCACCAUGAUCAAAGCUACAGCUCGCUCCGCCCCCGACAGACAGGAAGAAAUCAGCAGACUGGUGAAAAGCAACAGCAUGGUCGGGGGUCCGGACCCUUACCUGAAAGAGUUUGGCAUCGUCGUGCACAAUGACAUGACCGAGGUGACGGGCCGUGUACUCCCAGCACCCAUGCUUCAGUACGGGGGCCGCGUGAGCACGGACACAGGGCGGGACUGUGGCAGGGGACUCUCUCCGCAGAACAAGACCGUGGCCACGCCCAACCAGGGCGUGUGGGACAUGAGAGGGAAGCAGUUCUACGCCGGCAUCGAGAUCAAGGUCUGGGCCGUGGCCUGCUUCGCUCCGCAGAAACAGUGCAGGGAGGACCUGCUCAAGAGCUUCACCGACCAGCUGCGAAAGAUCUCCAAGGAUGCCGGGAUGCCCAUUCAGGGCCAGCCAUGUUUCUGUAAAUACGCCCAAGGAGCUGACAGCGUGGAGCCCAUGUUCAAACACCUGAAGAUGUCUUACGUGGGCCUGCAGCUGAUCGUGGUCAUCCUGCCUGGAAAAACACCCGUCUAUGCUGAGGUGAAGCGUGUGGGCGACACUCUGCUCGGCAUGGCGACCCAGUGUGUGCAGGUGAAGAACGUAGUGAAGACAUCCCCGCAGACCCUCUCGAACCUGUGCCUCAAGAUCAACGCCAAGCUGGGAGGAAUCAACAACGUCCUGGUGCCUCAUCAGAGGCCCUCUGUGUUCCAGCAGCCGGUCAUCUUCCUGGGUGCAGAUGUCACCCAUCCUCCGGCGGGUGACGGGAAAAAGCCGUCCAUCGCAGCGGUAGUCGGCAGCAUGGACGGCCACCCGAGCCGCUACUGCGCCACGGUUCGAGUCCAGACGUCCAGACAAGAUUUGUCCCAGGUAACACCAACCCCCCAGGAGCAGCUCUUCAGCCAGGAGGUGAUCCAAGAUUUGACCAACAUGGUGCGGGAGCUUCUCAUCCAGUUCUACAAGUCGACGCGCUUCAAGCCCACGCGGAUCAUCUACUAUCGUGGGGGAGUGUCAGAGGGACAAAUGAAGCAGGUAGCGUGGCCGGAGCUGAUAGCCAUCAGGAAGGCCUGUAUCAGCCUGGAGGAGGAUUACAGGCCGGGCAUUACUUACAUCGUGGUUCAGAAACGUCACCACACCCGUCUCUUCUGCUCCGACAAAGCCGAGCGGGUCGGGAAGAGCGGUAAUGUUCCAGCUGGCACCACGGUGGACAGCACCAUCACACACCCGUCCGAGUUUGAUUUCUACCUGUGCAGCCAUGCUGGGAUUCAGGGAACCAGUCGUCCCUCCCACUACCACGUCCUGUGGGAUGACAACUGUUUCACUGCCGAUGAACUGCAGCUCCUCACCUACCAGCUGUGCCACACCUACGUCCGCUGCACGCGCUCCGUCUCCAUCCCAGCGCCGGCCUAUUACGCCCGGCUGGUGGCUUUCAGAGCCCGCUAUCACCUGGUCGACAAAGACCACGACAGCGCUGAAGGCAGCCACGUGUCGGGCCAAAGCAACGGCCGGGACCCUCAGGCGCUGGCAAAGGCAGUUCAGAUCCACUAUGAUACUCAGCACACCAUGUACUUCGCCUGAGCUAGCGAGCACGUCAGCCAGUCCACCCGCGGAUUCCCUUUUUCUCUCUGUCUGUUUAUCUCUUAUUUGCCACUCUCUCUCUCUCUCUCUCUCUCUCUCUCUCUUCAUCUUCUUCUCCCACCUCUCUCUCUCUCUCUCUCUCUCUCUCUCUUCUUGUAGCCUGUUCCUUUUCUCUUCAUCACUCAUUCUACAUUUUCUGAAUCUGCACCAAAGCGGCUCUUUGGACGGGGGGAAACCUGCCGCGUCUUCUACGUCCGGCAGGUUUUUUUUUUGUUUUGUUUGUUUUCCAGGAACAAUCUCCAACCAGCGUUCCCAAAACAGAGCCGCCUCUCAAACCAGCAAUCCAGCACUGCGAGCCCUGAGAGGUUUCCAAUGCACAAAAAAAGAAGAAACAAAACCAUACACACACACACACAUACUACAAGUUGAGCCAUUAUUUUGAGUUAUUUUUUUUUUCUAUUUGAAUGUCUGCACUCUUGUGUUUGUAAUAUACACUGAGCAAGGGAGUGGAUUGGCACAACUUGUGUCAGCGCAGCUCUUUAGCUCUCCCAGCUAAGCAGGACUCUUCUCUACUUUUACCUCAACGCCCUUUUGGGCAAAAUCUGUCACAAGGUCUUGGGUUUAUUGGGUGGCGGGGAGGGAACUCUACAGGAAAGAGAUGGAGGGGGAGUCGACCUUUUGAGAAUGAUAUAUAUAUAUAUAUUUUUUCCUUUUUAUGAGCGUGUGUUUUAACCUUUUCUCCUUUUACCGUCUUUUACAAGCGAGGUGACCUGGGUGUCAUGCCCAUUACUACUUUCCUCCCAUCUUAGCGAAGAACACCCAAGUCUUUAUGUGAGUGUGUGAAUGUGUGUGUGUGCGUCUCUGUAUAUACAUGUUCUGCUGUAUGAGAGUGUGUUCGUGUGCGCACGUGUGUUUCAUGGCAGGCCACUGAAUUGUAAAGGGAAAUCAAGGAGAUAACUGCUGUAAAUGCCUCAGAUUUGUUGUUUUUAUAUUCACACAUACAGUACAUAUAAGCAUAUAUUUACAUCUAUAGAGCAACUUUGAGACAUAUGACUUAAAAACAGGCCUCCCAGAGGCUGGUGUGGGUAUUUGUAGCAGUCCUGAAUCACUUACUAAUUGAAGUGCUUUGAAUUACACGUGUGUUAGCGUGAUGCUAAUGCUACAAGGAAGGGAUUUGCACUCCUUUUGUGCCUGAAACAUGAAAAACAAAAAAUCUCAUCAAAUCAAAGUAAUUGAAUCCAUUUCAAGUAUUAAGUGAGUUCAGGUCUGAUGUGUAGCAGUAGUAACCGCGGUCGGGCCGGUGACUGGCUCAGCAUUGGGACCUGUUCUGAAGGCAUAGCAACACGGAGUACGGUCUUAUCAGCCAUUCUUUCUGUGUGUGAAAAAGCAGGAUCUUUAAUUUUCUUUGGACCUGAUUAUCUGAAAGAUUUUAUGAUGAAACUGCUGGACGUUGCUUUAAUUUGUUGAUUUUUUUUUUUUUUCUUUUUAAAAGUAGUUUCAAGGGCCGGAAACCAAUGUAGUUUUUUUUUUGUGUUAUUUUUUUUUGGAGGUCUCCUUUGCUAACUGGCCAAUUCAUUGCACUGACCCGGGACGCUAGGCAAGCAACAGAGGGCACUCUCAAUCUCUCUUACCUUUAUGCAUUUAUACAUACGAAUCAACAAAGCAGAUUUGUAAAAGUUUAAUAUAAGAUGUUUUGUGGUUAUCUUAAAAAAAAAAAAAAGAGCUGUUGUUUAGGAUUAGUAGUUUACCAUUGAUGUUGUUGUUCUCGUUGUUGUCAAUGUUGUUACUAUUGUGAUGAAAUUUUACGGUUGGCCAGCGAAGCCAGUUCUAUAGUUACUAGUGCGAUUCAGGAAUAGACUUCAGUUGUCGAGCUGCAGGUUAAAGGGGGGUAGAGCUUUGGGUUUGGAGCGUUUCAUUUUGUAGCAUUUGGGUUCUUGGUGAGAAGAAGAAGUUAGGCCCCAGGACGGAUGAAUUCAUGCUUUCUCGUUGGGAUGUGAGUUAAAUCUAGCAGCAGGUUGAAGGUCAUAGUGUAGCACUCCAGAUCUGCCGCUGCGAUCAUCGCUCAGCUGGCGUCGGCUGGAGGAAGAUCCAAUAGAUGGAGACAAUCAGGGAUCGAAAUCAGACUGAACCUAGAUUAAUGGAUUUGUUUAAAGCGGUUUUGCGAUUGGCAAUGAGUUGAAUUUUUAGACUUUUUAACAAAAAAAAACCGUUUCUAUUACUCUGUGUGUAUUUGAGGUAUACCCAUCUUAAAGUCUCUGAAAGCUAUUUGACCGUGUUUGUUUCACAUUUAUAUGCAUUUUUAACACUGGAUUAAAUGAAUUGAAUAAUAAGCAUAAGCACUGCCCUUGGACCCCCUGUACAAACACUCAGCAGCCUGUUACGGCGACGGCUGCAGGCGUAGCGCCCCCUGGUGUAUGCGAUCAGUAAAAAACGCAGGACGGGUCGGGUCGGGACGGGACGGUUUGGAGGAGAGGUCGACGUGCACGCCUCAUCAGGGGGGGACAGCUCAGUGAAAACGCUUUUGUAAUAAACCACCCGUAAAGCAGCAGGUUUACUAUGAAUGAGUUUGAGCACCCGCCUGUUGGAGGCGUGGGCGUUGGCGAUGGCGUUGGCAGGAAACAUGGAGGGCUGGUUGGCGGCGGGGGGGAGGGGGGAUUGAAGGGGGUGUUGUCCAGGCAUUGCAUGCAAUAAGACUGUGUUUUUAAAAGAAAAAAAAGGGCGGAUCGGAUUUUAAAAACAUGCACUAGUUUGAACAAACCAAGUCAGCUGUAAUUGAACAUUCAUCUGGCAUCUCUAAACGGGGACUGAUUUGUUUUUUUAAACCUUUUACUAUAUUGGAUCCUUAAACUCCAGUCUGAUAAACGAUCACUCCCUGUUUGUAACAUGGCAAAGCAAUAUUGACCCAGUUGUAAUUUUCAAAUGUGGAAAAACAAAGCUAUAAUUCUACUCAUUGUGGUUGUUGGUCUACUCUUACUAUCGUGUCUCUGUACUUUUUUUAUUUUUUAUUUUUGUAACUUUUUAGUUCCUUUUUAUUUGCUUGUAUCAAUCAGUGGGAAUGUGCAUUUGGUGGAAUAGUUAUGUAGGCUGUAGACAAUUUUUCUUUCAAGUAACAAAAUGUAGACUUUGCUCGCCUGCAUGCCAGAGUAUUGUCCUUUUUGGAAAAAAAAAAAAAAAACAAGAAAAAAAAACACUUUUUGAAUCAUAUUUAUUAUGAGAGAAAAAAUAUAAAUGCUUUUUUUUUUUUUUUUUUUUUUUUUUCUCGGGGGUAAAUGUUUAUGAAUUUAGUGGGACUGUUUUAGGCUAGCAAUAUCUGUUCAGUCUCUCCAAGACUCAUUUUAAAGAUUCCUACACAAAUGUCAGUAAUUUUGGGAGGUACACUGAUUUGGUUUUGUUCUGCGAGGGGAGGGAGUCGGACCUUUUGCGUCGUGUUCAGAUUCAAACGAGGUACUUUCUUCAAACACGGACCCUCGUUAAAGACCCCACCCCCUUCCCUCCUUCCCCAGGUUACUGACGGGAGCAUCCACUUAAGUCUCCUCGCUCCUGGUUUGUAACUGUGGCCACACACCUCCUGGCAGGGGGCUCUCCUGUCUCCAUGGCAACUCUGCUGACCCCUCACAAAUGCACUUCCUCUUUGUGCCGGGGUCCUCAGCAUAAGCGGAGCAGGAUUACCUCUUUUUAACCUUUUUUAAAUAAAAAAAAAAAAGAUCCAUAUUUCUUUCUGUGCCCCAAUAGAAAGAGAGCAUGAAUUAUUUUUCAAUUCCUCUCACUUUGAUAUAUUGUUAUAUCUUAACCGAUUUGUAAUUUGACAUUGUGUAUUGUGUAUUUUAUUUUCCUUUUUUCAGUUCUUGUUUUCAGGGGGAGGGGGGUGGGGGGGUUGUUAUAGCUCUGCUCUGUUUCUUUUUGUUUCUGCUAGUGGUCUCUGAAGCUGUGUGUGUGAUCGUCUGAUAGCAAUAGAAUCACAGAGUUGGAACCUUUUCCCACUCUGUGAAAAUGAACGGAACCCUUUCUAACCAGUCGUGAGAGGGCAGGGUUAUGUUCUAGCUCCGCCCCCCAGCAGAGGGCCAUUCAAUUGCUGUUAUUGCUAUUAUGUGACAAAUUCAAAUACUUUUUUUUUUUUUUUUUUUUCUUUUUUUUUAGCCUGCAGGGAAUUCUUGUGUUAAUGUGCAAAGUAAUAAAAAUGGUAUUUUAUGCCCAUUAUAAA